AAAGGGAGCGGAGAGCGAGCAGGCGAGGGGGAGGGAGCGGGAACUGGCGCGGGUGCGGGAGCGCGGGGGAGACGGGCCGGCCGCCGGGCGGACGCGGAGCCGAGGAACGGAGCGCCGGGACCCCGCCCGGCCCCGCCGCGAUGUCCCGGACCGCUGCGCCCUGGGCGGGGGCUCGGCCCUGAGGCGGGAGGGGCCGCUCGGGAUGGAGUCCGAGCCGCCCGCGGCCGCAGAAACUUGAGCCGAACCUCUGCGCGGGUGUGCACGACCCGCCCCAAGCCCCGCGCGCCGCGGGCCAGGACCCGGCCUUUGCAGCGCGGCCGCUGCGCCCCUCCGGAGCCGGGGCGUGCGGCGGCGGCGGGGGGGGGGCUUGGCCGCGACUCGCGAGGCCAGCCCCCCCGGAGUGCGCCCGCCGCCAUGGCGGACGGCGCGCCCCGGCCCCCGCUGUACCGCAGCGUCUCCUUCAAGCUGCUGGAGCGCUGGAGCGGCGGGCCCGGGCCGAGGGAGGGGGGCGCGGACACCCCCGGGCUGCGGCGCCGUGCCUCGUGCCGGCCGGCGGCGACCGUCCCGGGCCAGCCCUCCCGGCGCGUGUCCAAGCUGGCGUCGGGGCCCCCGGCCGCCCCCGCGCAGCCGCGCCCGCUCCGCAGCCUCUCACCCUCGGUGCGCCAGCUCUCCCGGCGCUUCGACGCGCCGCGUCUGGACGACGACGCGGCCGGCGCGCGGGACGGGUGCGUCUCCCCCGGGGCCGCUGAGGAAGCGGCCGAGGGCGCCGCGCGAGGGGCCUGGCCCAGCGUCACCGAGAUGCGCAAGCUGUUCGGCGGCCCCGGCUCCAGGCGGCCCAGUGCGGACUCCGAGGCCAGGGGGACGCCGAGCCCCGACGUCGCCGCGUGGGAGCCCCCGGUCCGGGAGCCCAGGCAGCCCCCGACGCCGCCGCCUCGGACGUGCUUCCCUUUGGCUGGCCUGCGUUCUGCGCGGCCGCUGCCGGGGCCGGGGACGGAGGAGAGGCGGCGGCAGCAACAGCAGCAGCAGGAGCGGGUGCAGCGUCCGGCGGAUGGUUUACAUUCUUGGCAUAGCUUCUCCCAACCGCAGGCCGGGGCCCGGGCCUCCUGCUGCUCCUCCUCCUCCUCCAUCGCCUCCUCCUAUCCUGUCAGCCGAAGCCGGGUUGCCAGCUCCAGCGAGGAGGAAGAAGAGGGCCGGCUGCCGCCGCCUGGGGCGCAGAGUCCGGCCUACCACGGCGGCGACUCCUCGGGCAGUGACGAGGACCAAGAUGGUGAGGGAGGCCAACUCCGGAGAGAGAGGUCGAGGCUCAGGCCUGGAAGCUCCCUGCUGGAUCGGGACUGCAGGCCGGACGGCGAAGGGUUAAAUCUGGGCAGCAUGGACUCAGAAGGGGGAGCCAGGAGCCCUGAGCCCCCAAUAUCCCCUCCAGCCCCGAGCGAGGAGGGCCCCUGUGAGUGGGGUACUGGCUCACCGCCAGGCGUCCCGGGUGCCCAGGAGGGAUCGAGGCCUGUGCCCGACACCGUGGGAGGAGCUUUCCGUGUGGCCAAGGUGAGCUUUCCCGCGUACCUGGCCAGCCCCGUGGGCUCUCGCGGGAGUAGCCGGUACUCCAGCACGGAAACCCUCAAAGAUGACGAUCUGUGGUCCAGCCGGGGUUCCGUGUACCGCUCCCCGAGCUUUGGAGCUGGGGAGGGGCUCCUGCUGCGGCCCCAGGCUCGAGCCCGCCCCAAGGCAUCCAUGGGCACCUCCAGGGCCUUGAGGGACGGAGGCCUGGAGCUGGAUAAGAGCCGCCAGCGCAAAUCCCUGUCCAAUCCAGACAUUGCCUCGGAGACACUGACCCUGCUCAGUUUCCUGCGGGCAGAUCUUUCAGAGCUGAGAGUCCGAAAGCCGGGCAGGAGCCGCGGGAGCAGCCCCCUGGAUGGCCGAGACUCACCUUCUGCUGCCGCCACAGUGGGCGGCCCUGGGGAGCCACUGAGGCCCACGCUCACCCCAGUGCCAGCAUCGCCCUGCCCCCGCCCCACACUCAAAGACCUGACGGCCACCCUGCGCAGGGCAAAGUCGUUUACCUGCUCCGAGAAGCCCACGACCCGCCGCCUGUCCCGCACCAGCACCCUGAAGCCCAGCUCCUCGGAGCUCCUGCUGGCAGGCCCAGGCACUGAGGAGGAUCCACUGCCCAUGGUAGUCCAGGAUCAGUAUGUGCAGGAGGCCCGGCAGGUUUUUGAGAAGAUCCAGCGCAUGGGUGCACAGCAGGAUGAUGGAACUGAUGUCCCUUCCUGGGCAGGGGACAUGACCCGAGGCCGGCGGUCCCAGGAGGAGCUCUCGGGCCCUGAGUCCAGCCUGACGGAUGAGGGCAUCGGGGCGGACCCAGAGCCUCCUGUUGCAGACUUCUGUGGCCUGGGUACCUCAGGGGUGUGGCGACCACUCUCCUCCUCCUCGUCCUCCUCCUCUGCCCAGAUGAACCACCAUGGCCCCGGGACAGAGGACAGUCUGGGCGGGUGGACCCUGAUGUCCUCUGAGACCCCUCCCACGCCAGGUGCGCUCCGCCGGCGACGCAAAGCCCCACCAUCAGGCCCUGGUGGCCCUGAACUGAGCAACGGAGAGGCCGAGGCCUACAGGUCCCUGAGUGACCCGAUUCCACAGCGCCACCGGUCUGCCACCUCUGAGGAGCCCUCUGGGUUUUCCGUGGACAGCAACCUCCUGGGCUCACUGAGUCCCAAGAUGGGGCUUCUGGCCACCCCAGCUGUGGAUGAGGGCUUGACCAGUGGCCACAGUGACUGGUCUGUGGGCAGCGAAGAGAGCAAGGGGUAUCAGGAGGUUAUUGAGAGCCUUGUUCAGGGCCCCAGUGCCUUGGGGAGUGUGGCAGACAACAGGGUCUCUGGCAAAGCCCCCAAGAAGAAAUCUCUGAGUGACCCCAGCCGCCGUGGGGAGCUGGCCGGGCCUGGCUUCCAGGGCCCAGGAGGGGAGCCCAUCCGAGAGGUUGAGCCUGCGCUACCUCCAUCCAGCAGCGAGCCCAUCCUCGCGGAGCGGCGGCCAGAGCCAGGAGAGCCCAGUGCCGCCAGGAGCCGGGCGCAGUCGGAGAGGGUCCUACCUGAGGGGCCGCCCGCCUCCUCCACCGCCCACCCUGACUUCCACCUGGACCCCAAGCUGGCCGAUGUUCUGUCCCCGCGGCUCAUCCGAAGGGGCUCCAAGAAGCGGCCAGCCCGGAGUAGUCACCAGGAGAUGCGGAGUGAGGAGAGCUCUGGGGACCAGGCUGGCGGCCGUGGACAGGUUCAGCCUUCCUCCAAACACGUUCGCCAUGCCAGUGUGCCUGCCACCUUUAUGCCUAUCGUGGUGCCCGAGCCACCGACAUCAGCUGGGCCCCCCGUGGCUGUGCCAGAGCCCGUGGGCUUCCCUAGCCGAGCCCACUCCACACUGCAGGCACCAUCACUCGAGGAUGUUACCAAGCAGUACAUGCUGACCCUCCCGUCGGGGGCAGGCCUUGCGGCCACUGCGCCCUGCCUGACUCCGACCCCACCGGCCCCUGCUGAGACCAAGCCCCCUGAAGUGACUCCUGCUAGCAAGUGCUGCAGCAAGCCACAAGUGGACAUGCGGAAGCACGUGACCAUGACCCUGCUGGACACGGAGCAGUCUUAUGUGGAAUCGCUGCGUACCCUGAUGCAGGGCUACAUGCAGCCACUGAAGCAGCCAGAGAACUCCUUGCUGUGUGACCCGUCGCUUGUGGAUGAGAUCUUCGACCAGAUCCCAGAGCUCCUGGAGCACCACGAGCAGUUCCUGGAGCAGGUGCGGCACUGCGUGCAGACUUGGCAUGCCCAGCAGAAGGUGGGAGCCCUUCUCGUCCAGUCGUUCUCCAAGGAUGUCCUGGUCAACAUCUAUUCUGCCUACAUCGACAACUUCCUCAACGCAAAGGACGCCGUGCGAGUGGCCAAGGAGGCCAGACCUGCCUUUCUCAAGUUCCUGGAGCAAAGCAUGCGCGAGAACAAGGAGAAGCAGGCGCUGUCCGACCUCAUGAUCAAGCCCGUGCAGCGGAUCCCACGCUAUGAGCUGCUGGUGAAGGACCUCCUGAAGCACACACCUGAGGACCACCCCGACCACCCGCUCCUGCUGGACGCGCAGCGGAACAUCAAGCAGGUGGCCGAGCGCAUCAACAAGGGUGUGCGGAGCGCCGAGGAGGCUGAGCGGCACGCCCGGGUGCUGCAGGAGAUCGAGGCUCACAUCGAGGGCAUGGAGGAUCUCCAGGCCCCCCUGCGGCGGUUCCUGAGGCAGGAGAUGGUCAUUGAAGUGAAGGCGAUUGGUGGCAAGAAGGACCGGUCCCUCUUCCUGUUCACUGACCUCAUUGUGUGCACCACGCUGAAGCGGAAGUCGGGCUCCCUGCGGCGCAGCUCCAUGAGCCUGUACACAGCCGCCAGUGUCAUCGACACAGCCAGCAAGUACAAGAUGCUGUGGAAGCUGCCGCUGGAAGACACAGACAUCAUCAAAGGGGCAUCCCAGGCCACCAACCGGGAGAACAUCCAGAAAGCCAUCAGCCGCCUCGAUGAGGACCUCAACACCCUGGGCCAGAUGAGCAAGCUCUCCGAGAGCCUCGGCUUCCCCCACCAGGGCCUGGACGAUGCGCUGCGCGACCUCUCAGCAGCCAUGCACCGGGACUUGUCGGAGAAGCAGGCACUGUGCUACACGCUGUCCUUCCCGCCCACCAAGCUGGAGCUGUGUGCCACACGGCCCGAGGGCACCGACUCCUUCAUCUUCGAGUUCCCCCACCCCGACGCCCGCCUGGGCUUUGAGCAGGCCUUCGACGAGGCCAAGAGGAAGCUGGCAUCCAGCAAAAGCUGUCUAGACCCGGAGUUCCUGAAGGCCAUCCCCAUCAUGAAAACCCGCAGCGGCAUGCAGUUCUCCUGUGCAGCUCCCACCCUCAGCAGCUGUCCGGAGCCCACGCCUGAGGUGUGGGUGUGCAACAGCGACGGCUAUGUGGGCCAGGUGUGCCUGCUGAGCUUGCGCGCGGAGCCCGACGUGGAGGCCUGCAUUGCGGUCUGCUCGGCCCGCAUCCUCUGCAUCGGGGCGGUGCCCGGCCUGCAGCACUGCAGCCACCGGGAGCGGCCAGCGUCCCUGAGGAGCGUCCCCGACGCAGCCCCGGAGCCCACCGGGCCCGACCUGGACGCGGAGGCUGCAGAGGAGGAAGCCGUGACGCCGGCAGAGCCCGGGCCCCAGCCCUGCCUGCACAUCUCCAUCGCAGGCUCCGGCCUGGAGAUGACACCAGACCGCGCGGAGGCCGACCCCCGCCCGGAGUUGGUGCCCUUCGACAGCGACUCCGAUGACGAGUCCUCGCCCAGCCCUUCGGGGACCCUGCAGAGCCAGGCCAGCCGGUCCACCAUCUCCUCCAGCUUUGGCAAUGAGGAGACCCCGAGCUCCAAGGAGGCCACAGCAGAGACAACCAGCUCUGAGGAGGAGCAGGAGCCCGGCUUCCUGCCACUGUCCAGCUCCUUCGGGCCCGGCGGGCCUUGCGGCGCCAGCCCAAUGGAUGGGCGAGCCCUCCGCCGCUCCAGCCGAGGCUCCUUCACCCGCGGCAGCCUUGAGGACCUGCUGAGCGUUGACCCCGAGGCCUACCAGAGCUCCGUGUGGCUGGGCACCGAGGAUGGCUGCGUCCACGUGUACCAGUCCUCCGACAGCAUCCGUGACCGCAGGAACAGCAUGAAGCUGCAGCACGCGGCCUCCGUCACCUGCAUCCUGUAUCUGAAUAACCAGGUGUUUGUGUCCCUAGCCAACGGGGAACUCGUAGUCUAUCAAAGGGAAGCAGGCCGUUUCUGGGACCCUCAGAACUUCAAAUCUGUGACCCUGGGCCCUCAGGGGAGCCCUAUCACCAAGAUGGUGUCUGUGGGCGGGCGGCUGUGGUGUGGCUGCCAGAACCGAGUCCUGGUCCUGAGCCCCGACACACUGCAGAUGGAGCACACGUUUCAUAUAGGGCAGGAUCCAAGCCGCAGCGUGGCCUGCAUGGUGGACUCCAGCCUGGGGGUCUGGGUGACGUUGAAAGGUAGUGCCCACGUGUGUCUCUACCACUCAGACACCUUUGAGCAGCUGGCAGAGGUGGACGUCACCCCUCCGGUGCACAAGAUGCUGGCAGGCUCUGAUGCCAUCAUCCGGCAGCACAAGGCCGCCUGCCUGCGGAUCACGGCACUGCUGGUGUGUGAAGAGCUGCUGUGGGUGGGCACGAGUGCCGGCGUCGUGCUCACCAUGCCCACCUCGCCCAGUCCCGUCAGCUGCCCGCGGGUGCCUCUCAGCCCUGCCGGCCUGGGCCAGGGACACACUGGCCAUGUGCGCUUCUUGGCCGCAGUCCAGCUGCCGGAUGGGUUCAACCUGCUCUGCCCGACGCCGCCGCCUCCCCCAGACACAGGCCCAGAGAAGCUGCCAACACUGGAGCACCGGGACUCCCCUCGGCACCGAGGCCCUGCUUCCGCCAGGCCUAAAAUGCUGGUUAUCAGUGGCGGCGAUGGCUACGAGGACUUCCGGCUCAGUGGUGGCGGCAGCAGCAGCAGUGAGACCGUGGGCCGAGACGACAGCACAAACCACCUCCUCCUAUGGAGGGUGUGACCCUGGCCGCCGUGGCUCAGGACUCGACUGUCCACCUGCCCUCAGCCUGCUUGCCUCUUCCUAGCCCACGUGUAGACCUCGUCCUGGCCUGGAACGUCUCACCAGGGCCAUUUGUGGGCACCGUCUCGUCUGAGUGGAAGCAUUCCUGAUGGAAUACCUAUGGGCCAGCCGGCUGCUCCGCUGCUGCCCGUCACGGCGAGGGUGGGGGCUGUGCGGGCUACCCGGGGCCUCUGUCCCCGGAGCUUCUACCAAAGACACGGCCGGGCCUGGACCCUCGGGGCUGGGGAAGGCCAUGUGCAAUAUUUGGAGGGUCUGCUGGGGCAGUGGGAAGGCUGAGGGAUGGACUCCUUUCCCGUGUACAGUAUUUAUGUUUCUUUUCAGAUGUGUACCUUCCCGAGCACUUAUUUAUGCGAUGACCUGGGGCGGGGGGGAUUUGGGAAAAUGACAGGAGGGGGAGAAAAACCUAUUCCUGCCCUGGGGCCACCCUGGGAACCCCAACCAAGCCUUCCUGGAGGGACCAGUGUCUCCCACCCCGUCACGCACACGCACACGCACACGCACACCCACGCUGCACAUCCAGGGCACAGAAACGCCACCCCCGUGACAGCAGCCUCCCAAGGCCCUGUCCUGCUUGGGCGUGCCCGGUCACCCAGAGCAAGCUGAUGACCCAGGGCACGCUGACUGCCAGCGGGGGCUCUCCCAGGCUUUGGCGUUUCCUCGGUCGCAGGCGGGGCCUCCAGUGGUUUACUGAUUUGGCCUUGGACAGGACUCUGUCCUGGUCUCACCAUAACCAGCCCCUGCCUUCCCGUGUCUCAUGCACUGGCACACUCGGUCACCUUGGAGGGUGGCCCGCCUGAGAAGCCCCCUCCCUCUGACCUCCGACUCCCUCGCCACACGCCCUCCUGCCAGGGGCAGCCCCUCCAGGAAGGACCCCCACCCCACCCCCCACAAAGCUGAGGGCCUGGCCUGGCUGUGGCCUUGUCCACUGGGAAGCCUCCCGGUGAAGGGUGGUCGGCCCUGCAGGGAGCCGGUCCGACCCGCAGCCCUCCCCCACCCCGCGCCGCUUCUGCAGCUCAACUGCAAAGGUCUGGUUUCAGAUGGGACUUGUUGCAUUUGGUUUGUUUCUGUUCGGGGUGGGUGCGUCCUUGCGGUCUUAGAUUAUAUUUCUCUUGCUACCAAACAGUCUUGUAUGAACUCUCCUUGGAUGAUGAAGUUUAAAGAGUCAAUAAAUAGAAACACCAAAUGACUGUA